AUGCAGAUUGCUUCUUACUGCUUCGUGACUGUCAUAGCGGUUGAGAGAUUGUCCGCCGUACGCCAACCGCUAACUCAGAGAGCGCGAGCGAUCAAGUCACGAGCAGCCAAGGUAUCGGCAGGCGUCUGGGUUGUGGCAGUUGUCAUGAGCGUUUUGGGUGGACUCGCAAAUGAUACAAAUUAUGUCACGAAUGUUGUUUUCUCUCAAGUGUAUGUCGUCACCUUUCUCCUGAUUUACCUGGCAACGUUUACCAUAACUGUUUCCUCGUAUAUUUUCAUCAUUAUUAAGUUAUGCCACAGUGACCGAAAGCGUCAAGCAGGCCAAACCCGUCGAGCUUACCCCGUCGUACGCAUGCUGGUCAUCAACACUGCUGUCUUCUUCGUUCUCAGUUUAACGGACUUCACUUUCACUGUCAUUAGCCUUAUACUCCUGUUCUCCUUGCACUCAGGAGCAGAAGCUGUCUUCGAUAUCUACUGGACAAUUCUCGACGUGGAGGUCUGCUUAGGAAUCUUUCGCCUCAUCAACAGCUCCAUCAAUACUCUGGUGUACAGCGUGACGAACAGUCAGUAUCGAGCGGCUUUCUUGGAGGCUUUUCCCCCGCUGGCAAAGCUCCUUGAACAGUGCCGCCGCUGCCGCCGAUCGCAGCAGACGGAGCAAAUAGAGCUUCGAGCGAUUCCAUUAGCGAUCGCCGCUCAAGAAUCACCGGCCCAAGCGCACUGA